UAGAGCACCACAUUUAGCGGGUUUUUGUUUUUGUUUUCUUUUUGUUUACAUUUAACAUGUUUCCGCUUGUCGAGGAGGAUGUGCCCGAAUUUCUCUUACAACGUGAUACAGUCGCUUACUGCAGUCAGCUGCAUGUCCAGAAAUCCAAAUCUAGCCUUGUGCUGGGACGCAAUCUUAAGUUCUAUGAAUUCCGUAAAAAGGAGUUGUUGCACUACAUCGAUCUCAAAGAAUCGAGUCUCCAGCAGCUGGCGACAGAACUUAGAUCGUACAAUGGACCGCUCAGUAGAUUUCUCAUACGCGAUGAUGUGGCCGAUAUCAGCGGCGAUGCAACCAGUUACAACAUGCUGCAUGCCCCCGAGGAUCUGCCCCUGAGCAUAGGCAAAUACGUUUGGCUGGGCGAGCACAUAUACGUGCUGCUCCAGUGCUGGAAGAAGUUGCUGGUGCUACAGCGACCGGCCGAGCAAGGCGCCAGUUUUAAGCUAAUAGCGCAGCAUGAUAAUCUGCAGGAGUACCGGCUGGUCAGGGGCCCUAUCAAGUAUCAGGCCUAUGUGGAGCUGGAGUUCACCAAUGGAAAGCGAUUGCGCACAAAUUUUCAAGGUAGUGAGGCGCCAGAGAGUCCUUCAACUAGUAGUGGCAGCACUACUGUUGUUGGCUUCAAGCGGUUGAUGCAGCGCGUCCACUGCGCACGCGCCGAGCUGCAUUCGCAACGCACCCAAACUCAGCUGGACUUUAUGCAAUCACGCGAGCAGCAGGCCUUCGGCUUGCCGGGCCAGCGUUCGUUGCUGCUGGAGGAGAAGCAGCUGCUGCGACGCUGCGGCGACAUAUGGACACGCAUCUGCGGCGACUCUCUGGUGCUGGGCAUCCUCCUGACCAAUGCGGCGGGCAGCAAUUGCAACAGCACACUGCAUGCUCUGCGCCCGCUGCUGCGCCUGCCUCAGGGUCCUGGCCUAAACUACGCGUAUCGACUGUACGAGCUGCCGUUGCAGGCUGAUGGCCAGCCGCCGGAGGAUUACGAUCAGCUGGCCCAGUUCUGGGCCCUGCAGGAGCAACAGUCGAGCAACUCGGGCUUAAGCUGGCAGCCCGCCUCCCGUAUUGACCAGUUGCCACCUGAGCGCAGCGUCGUGCUGCUGGUGCGCCUGCAGCUGGAGGAUUUGCUAACGCUGGACAGCAUACAACUGCUUGCCCUGUACGAGCUGCAGGACGAAUGCCGGCGGCAGCUGCAGCUGCAUUUAGCCAGCAUCAAUGUGGCCGCCUUGCUGCAGCAGCAGGAGCUGCAUGUGCCCAGCUUUUCGCCGCGGACGUUGCAUCAGGACUUUCUCGCCGUGAUCAUGACACAAGCCGCGCACUGCGCUUUGCGACUGGUGUUCCAGGACGUCGACCAGCAAGCCCAAUUCGAGCAGCUGCUGCUGACCAAACUCAACUUUGUGACCACUGCUGUGCCGCAGGAGAAGCAGCAAGGUCAGCGGAGAGAUUCUGUACAACUGCUGGAUGACUCUGGUGCGGAGCAGGAGUUUGCCUUUGGCCAUAGCAAUAUGAAUAGCAACAGCAGCUGCACUGCAUCUACCCAGCGCAUCUUCUAUAAUGGCCCAAAGCAGCUGCUUCUGCUGCGCAACGAUCCUGGCCAGCAUUGGCAGUUCUAUGCCAGCACAGAGACGCAGCUCUGCCUCUUGCUGCGCCGCCUGCUACGGGAUCUCUUGCAGCUGCACUGCAAUCUCUCGCUGCUCGACCUGCAGGCGGAGGCGUGCAGUGCGCCCCCAAAUGCAUCGCUACUCCUGGAAUCCGCGCUGCGCGACGAGCUGCAAGCCCGAGCCGAUCUGCUGCAGCUGCAGCCGAAGCGAGCGCAGCUUCAGCGCCUCCAUCAACUGGAAAUGGCCAGCGAUUCGCUGAUUACUGUGAUAAAGACCCAAAUGCAGUUAGAUACUAGCUAGCUGCUG